AAUAUAUAUAUUUUCUUGUUUCAUGCAAUUUGAACAAACACAUUGGGAUUCUCCCGAAUAUCAAAAAGUGUCUCAAGAAAGCAAUUACUCAAAGUGUCACCAAGUUGGAGUAGCGGUGGUCAAAGAAUACAAAUCAUCAUUUGUGCUAGAACCUUAUUCGUCUACAGAACAACGAAUUCAAUUAAAUGCCUUAACAUACUGUCAAAAGUGUCUUUGUCUAUUUAAACAGCCUACUACUCUUUCUUGUGGAUUUACGUUAUGUUCUACAUGUUUGCCUUCCACUGAACCCUACCAAUGCUUAUCUUUUUCUUGUCUAAGAACCCAUGAAAUCCAUGACUACAAACCAAACGUAUUGUUAGAAAACAUUCUGUCUCACUACCAACAAGGCAAAUUCGAAAACAUCAAACAGUUACUCGACUGCUCUAUCUGUCUAUCACCCCUUACUGAACCCAUCACUACUCAAUGUGGCCAUACAUUCUGCAAAGACUGUCUGAUAAGAACAAUGACAGAUUUGAAUUGCAGAUCCUGUCCAUUCUGUCGACAAGAACUAACUCGAAUAGGCAAAGUGAAUCAAAUUCUCUCUGGCUGGUUAGAUUAUAUUUACCAUAAUGACAAACCCCAGGAUCCAUCUUAUCUACUUUCAUCAUUACAACACCAUAUUCCAAUCAUUCAAGUCACCAAAGCUGUCACUUUCCCUACUCAACACUGCAUGAUACACAUCACUAAAGACUAUAAAUCACUCCUUGAACAAAUGACACAUCGCCCUUACCAGAAACACUAUGCUAUCUGUGUAUUUGCUAAAUCAAACAACGAAUUAUUCGAAUAUGGCACUAUGCUCCAAAUCAAUCACAUUGAAUAUUCGGCUGACACACGCCAUUCUGUUGUCCAAGCCUUGGGAUUAUUCAGACUCAAAUUGAAUCACUUUAUGCUUGAUUCCGACGAUUGUUAUACUGGCGAAGUAGUACGACUAGAUGAUAUACAUGACACCCAUGACUUGGAUCUAUCGAAAAAGAGAUGGACAUCACCUACUGUCAUUCAACCCUAUUACAGGCAGCAAGAAAAGACAGUCAGUCGUCCUCGACCCUGUUCUAUGCGGCUCUCGACUUCUGCACCCAACACAGUGCGAUCCUCGGUCAAUGAGAAUAUUACGCCAGGUUCUGUAAAUAGGAGAAUAUGGGCCACACCAGCAGCACUAUUUGGGAAACCUUCAUCUCCACCCCUUACCAAGUCUCCUCAAUCUCAACAUAGACAGUUACAGACCAACACUAAAAUACCCAAUUUCCUUUCUCAAAAAACAAACAUGACAGAUGCCAGUCUGUUUCAACAAGAAUUACAUCCUCGCGUUGUCCAGUUCUUGAAUACGACAGCCUAUGAUGUAUGGCUUAUGCAAUAUGAUUGGUAUCUACAACAAUCUGAUCGAACCCCUCUUAUCUGGUGGCUCUCACAUAUCUUGCCACUAAUGCAAGAAGAGAAAAUACAUCUAUUACGCAUUCAAACAUUACGUGAACGUAUGUUGGCUUUAAUUUGUUUUAUGGAUGAUUCAUGAUGCCUUCCCUCAUUCUCUCCUUCCUUUCCUUAUUCCUCUUUAUACCUUAUUGCCAUCCCACACUUGUAAUUUAUGUUUGUAUAUGAUAAUAAUAAUAAUAAUAAUAAACAUUCUAUGUCUGUAC